AGAAUUUUGAUGCAAACUGCGCAGAUCAUCUGUCACGCCCAAUUAUAGGGUCUUUGCUGUGGAGGUCACCUCUCGAGGUUCCCGUCUUCGCUCUCAGACGACGCGGCUGUAGAGGUUGAGGCCAGUUGCUUCAUCGCUCGGUUCUCCAGCCGAAGUCGAAGCCGGAAACAACAUCAUGUUUCGUUCGGCAGCCAAUACGGGCCAAUUGCACGCUUGACAGAUUCCAGAACCAGCCAAAUGCCUAGGGCGAUCGACUUUCUACGCCAACCCUGAGUAGCGCUUCCACAGCGAUCCGGGGUCAACGCAUGCCGUCAUCGCGCCUGCCAACGACAGACGCUAGAAAUGACAGUGACAGAACUUCCAGUGCGUUUUCAUGACCACAGCUCUCUACUACCAAGCUAUUCAAGUUCAAUAUCGACUAGGCGCCCGUAUCGUUUGAGCGCUCGAUGAUCGAGAGAGCCUGCCAUUCAUUCAGCACCAUUGAUAUCGAUCCUCAUGGUUUCCCCUACGAUAACUCUCCUGCUGUGGACCGCUUUGUCGCCAUGCGUGUCCGCACAACUCUCUUCGAUCCUGUCAUCCCUAUCCUUCACGCCAGUACCGAGCAGUCUUGUAACCGAGGUCACACCCGAAUCAUCGUCCUCAUCCUUUGCAUCUCUGUCAGUUUUGCGCAAUGGUAGCACGACAACAUAUCAAUCGUCGACGACGGAGGAAGUAAUUGGCAUAACAGGCCUUGCUCCGACUGCAUCCGGGAACGCCACCGCGUCGACAUCCACUACAGCUCGCGCACGGUCAACACAGAACACAACGCCCUGCAAUGGACACCCAGAGUACUGUAGCAGGCGGUUUUCAAACGUGUCUAUGGUCGUUGCUCACAACAGCCCAUUCGUAAGACCGCGUAAUGCUGCCAGUAAUCAAGUGCUUGAGGUCAUCACUCAGCUUACCGAUGGUAUUCGAGGACUUCAGUUCGAAACGCAGAAGCCAAAUUCUUCGAGCCCCAUUCGCCUUUGCCACACUUCCUGCGACCUACUUGAUGCCGGAACCCUCGAAUCGUACCUCGCUACUGUGAAAGGGUGGCUUGACGACAACCCCUAUGAAGUCAUCGCUAUCAUUAUGGGCAACAACAACGGUCAAGAUACACGCAAUUCGGCGACAGAUUAUAUACAUCCGUUUCAGGAUUCAGGCAUAUUGGAGUACGUGUGGACACCACCCGCGAGGAAUUUGAACUUGACUGAAUGGCCCACACUGUCUGAAAUGAUCCUGCGGAACGAGCGCGUAGUCGUGAUGAUCGACUACAACGCCGACCAGGAUGCCGUACCUUGGUUGCUCAGCGAGUUUGACUACCAGUGGGAGACACCCUUCUCGCCCACGGACCCAUUGUUCCCUUGCACCCAGCAGCGCCCGCCCAACCAGGCCGAAGAUGUCUCUCGCAACCGCAUGUACAUGUUGAAUCACAAUCUCAACGUCGAGAUCGCUAUCGCGGGAGCAAGUAUACUUGUACCGGCAUACGGUCUUCUAGACCAAGUCAACGCUGAUUCUGGGAAUGGCAGUCUGGGCACGAACAUCCAGGGUUGCGAGGAGAUGUGGGGUCGUCCACCAAAUUGGCUGCUCGUCGACUACUACAAUUUUGGCAACUUUAACGGAUCUGUCUUCCAGGUAGCGGCGACUGCCAACGGUGUUCCGUACGAUCGCGACUCAUGUUGUGGUGAGCUGCGCAAGGCGAGCGGGUCCACUGCACUCGGAAUUGAUAGGUCGUGGCUGUAUGCCGCUGUUAGCAUUGCUGUCACAGCUGUCGUACUUUUGUGAACGCCGGCAUUCGGUGUGCGCUGUAUCUCCUUUCGUUGUCUAACCGUUUCUCAGAGUAGACGCUUUUUUCCAAUCAUUGUUAUAGGCGUUCUGCAUAGCAGCACGGAAAGCAAAAGGCGUUGAGUAGCUUUAUUUUGUGCGAUGCUCAUCAGCGUUUCACUUACUUACUGCUACUUUUCCGAGGCAUCAAUCACAUCAUUAUAUCUUGA